UUAUUGGCUAUUUAACAGCCACGGCGACCUCACCUAUCCACCGUCCGAUUCAGGUCAAUCAUCAAUCUAUGAUGAAAUUAAGCACCGCCGCCGCAGCCCUAGCCCACACUCACUUCCCCUCCACAGAUCUCCGCCGCCGCUCCGCCGCCCUCCUCCGCCACAAAUCCUCCCUCCGAUCCUCCUCCACCUCCAUAAAAAUGUCGUCGGCGUCGGAUUCCGCCUCCAACCCCAACCACAUCGUCGAACACAUCGUGCUCUUCAAAGUCAAGCCCGCCGCCGAUCCCUCCGCCGUCGCCGCCAUGGUGUCCAACCUCAACGGCCUCAGCUCCCUGGACUCGGUCCUCCACAUCUCCGCCGGACCGGUUUUCCGGUGCCGGUCCGGUUCACUCGCCUUCACUCACGUGCUCCACUCUCGAUACCGAUCGAAAACCGACCUAACCGCCUACGCCGACCACCCUUCGCACGUGACCGUCGUCGCUAACUACGUCAAGCCUAUCGUCGAUGACGUCAUGGCCGUCGAUUGGAUCGCCGGUGGCUUCGCCGGCGAGGCGACCGUUCCGGUCGGCUCGGCUCUGCGCCUGACGGUUCUCAAAUUGAAGGAAAAUUCAGGGGAGGGAGAUAAGCAGGAAGUUAUGGAAUUAGCGAGAGGAAUUAAGGAGAAAUUACCUUCGAUUGCGCAGCUGACGGUUGGGGAAAACUUCUCGCCGGGGAGAGCGAAGGGAUACUCGAUCUGUUCGAUGGCGAUUUUCGAGGAUACGAAGGACGUGAAUUCUGAAUCGGAUUACGCAGCCGCGGUUGGGGCAGCGGUCGACGACGCUUUGGUGGUGGAUUUCGCUGUAGAAUCGCCGAUCCGUGGUGCAAACCUUUAGGCGUGGAUUCGUCCGCCAUUGUUGCUUCGCUCGUGUGGUUUCGUGCUUUUGCGUUGCUGUUUUUGAAUCAAUAAAAAAGGGUCGUUUCUUUGGUGUUA